AUGGCAGCCAUCGACGUUACCAGGCGCAACAAGAGGCCUCGCGCGCUACUGGACAAGGAGCAGGACAAACUAAGAGAGUUUGCUGACCACAUCCAUUAUUCCGCCCGAUAUUCCGACAGCGAAUAUGAAUAUCGCCAUGUCCAGUUACCCAAAAAUAUGCUCAAAUCCAUUCCUCCCGACUAUUUCGACACUUCCAAGGGCACUCUGAAAUUGCUCUGGGAAGAAGAAUGGCGUAGCCUUGGUAUCACACAAAGUCUCGGCUGGGAACAUUAUGAAGUUCACGAACCAGAGCCACACAUCCUACUGUUCAAGUAA